CUCUCUCUCUUUCACCCCUAUCCAAAGACGAAUCUUGUUCCGGUCCGAGCACGAACGCUCUUUACUUGAUUAUCAGCAGCAUUCACCUUAUCUUUAUCCUCAUCUUCAUCUUCGUCUCAUCUCAUUACCACUACCGUGGGCAAACCCCCGUGCUUUGCUCCUAAGGAGUUAGAAAACCAUGUUCUCCGAGCACGACAUCAACCUAGAGGCGGUCCGCAUCGCCCUCCGCAUCCAAGACGCACACGAUGAUUACGAGCAGGCGCAUUCCAUGCAAGGCUCUGAUAGAGAGGCCAACUCGGCUCUAUAUGCUGCGACGAACCAAUUGGCCCGACUUCUGCACCAGAUGCAUCAGGUUCAGCCUGAAAAUCCCGGUUUGAUGAGGAUGUUGGACGAUUUUGGACACGCGGAGAAGGGCACGUUCAUGGGGCAUGCGGAGGACUGGGAGGGCGGCGAGUGUAUGCGGAGGAUGCAUAGAUAUGCGCAUUACCAUCCUCCGCCUGAGAGUGAUCAAGGAGAUGAGGGUGGUUGUGGUGAGGAUGGGAACGACGACGAUGACGGAGAGGGACAGGGACAAGAAGAAGACGGUGGUGGUGGAUAG